AUGCAAAACAAACUUAAACGGAACAAGGUAUUCGAUAGGAAACUGACACUGUCCAAAAGCAGCUCGCUAACGUCUGGAGUGAAUGUCCAUUCAGAGUCGAGCUGCUCUUAUGUCGAAAUCAAGCAAGAAAGGGGUCCAACGGCUGAGAAAGGGGAUGGAAUUAGCAAAGAGGGGCUCAAAAUUGCACCAAUUUUUUUACGGCAGAACAGACGAAGCUCUCAUGAAGGUCAACGAGCUGAGGACGCACCGGAAUCGGGGCUCGGUGCUCGAAAUGACCGCUUGCUGGAAAAGUCACCUAAAGCCCGUGAAGUCAGGGAGACAAAAGGGUGUGUUGUGAACACCGUGAGAGGUCAACUGUCGUCAGAUGUGCACAGAUGUCUGGAAGAAAUUCAGACGUUAAAUUCAGCAUUUCCAGUCCAGACUGUUUUCCGUGCCUUGCAGAAGAAGGCAACUGAGGCGCUGGAGGAGAACGGAUCCAAAGAACCUAAUGUUGAGGAAGUGCUUUGGACAGAAAAGUACGUUCCUAAACAUUCAAGUGAAGUCAUUGGUAAUGCUGGCUCUGUGACUAAACUGCUCAGUUGGUUGAGGCAAUGGAAACUCAGAGCUGACAGUGACGAGAGGAGAAAAAUGGAGGAGCAGAAAGGACAGGAAAAGGCUCAUGGUAAAAACUGGAAACUCACCUUUUAUUCAUGCACUUUUCAUCCUGAGGCUGACUCCUCCUGUACAGGUUCAUGGGACUGUGGAGACUUCCAAGGCGAAGCGGGGUCUGGGAAUGAAGGCAAGCAGCCUCUGUGUAACGCCAUGCUCAUCACGGGACCUUCAGGUGUGGGCAAGACUGCCUCAGUGUAUGCCUGUGCUCAGGAACUUGGCUUUAAGGUGUUUGAGGUUAACAGCUCCUCACAGCGCAGCGGGCGCCAUGUUCUGUCCCAGCUGAGGGAAGCUACACAGUCUCACCUGGUGGAGACUUCCGGGAAGUACCCAUUGAAACCAGCGUACUUUAGCAACUAUGCUGCUAGCAGCUGCCGUCUAAAAGCUGAGGCUUUACCUGGAAAAACAGGGUGUCUUAAAAAUGGUACCACUACCUCAAAGAAGAGGCCAGCGCUCAACACCAGCUCCUCUGGUCGCAAGAUUAAGGCUAAACCUGCCACUGUUACACUGGCUCACUACUUCAAGAGAAGGGAGGUGGCAGAUCACCCACACUUUGGUGUCAUGAAACCAGGAGGCAGGGGGCUGGAUGGCUCGCUGACCAACUGUGAUCAAACAGCAACACGAAGCAAGAGGAUGGCCACCUCCCUCAUUCUGUUUGAAGAGGUCGAUGUCAUAUUUGAGGAUGACGUUGGUUUCCUCGCGGCUAUCAAGGCUUUCAUGACAACCACAAGGAGGCCGGUUAUUCUGACCACAAAUGGUAAACAUACCACACACACUAUGGACAGCACUAAUAAAAUAAAAAAUUUGAGGACCAGCUGUAAUAUGAAAUUAAUGUCAUCCUCAGAUCCUUUCUUCAAAGAAAGAUUUGACUGCAGCAUGGAGGAAAUCAUUUUCAAAACUCCGUCUGCAAUUCAGAGGGAGCUGCAGGUUUUUGUCUCCGCACUGCACAGCCAAGACUGUUUUAAAGUUGCUCUCUCUGUUUUGAAGGCGAAUGUUUGCAGCUACCUGCAGCUUGUAUGUCUGGCUGAGAAAGCUCAACUGGAGUUUGAGGAUGUGAGCAGCCUGUUCACACUCAGCCGUGGCGAUGUGAGACGCUGCCUGCUGCAGCUGCAGCUCUGGGUCUGCAACUUAGAAGCCCCUGAGGGAGAGAGUUCAGACACACAGCCUCCAUCACACCCAACAACCUGCUCUGCUCUGAUGUUGGGUUUCUCAAAUGGAACCCUAACACUCAGCAGUUUGUCUAUGAUUCUUCUGCAGUAUGGCUCCUGGUCUGAAACAGAAACGGGCCUCAGAAGGAGCCUGAACCUCCUGGCUGUGAGCUGGAGGAGAGAUGUGCCGCUUCUCUAUUCAAACUUGGAGCUUCUUCUGACUUCUUCUUUUAUGGACAAGGGAACCCCAUCACAGCACCUGAACAGAAUACCUCAUUCUAGGCCACAGAGUGAGCCACAAUCCACUAUCACGGACUCUCCCGUCCAGAGGCUGAGCAGAAAGGUUUGUGUGAAAUACAGGAAACCUGUUGGGAGUGGCCACCAGCUCAGCCGAAAGAAAAGUAUUCCAACAUCAUCAUCAGAUCUGAGUUCCAGAGAAGAAACUUAUCGAAGCGACGAUGGUGUAACCGACUGUUUAGACGCCCUGAAGGACUUCUAUGACGUCAUGUCAUAUAUUGACGCCAGUCUCUCAGGUUCACGGACGCUUGUUUCAGGUUCAUGUGUGCCUGAAACAUUCGUGUGGACAGGAGCAGCAAUAAAGGACGGUUUGGUGGACGAAGUGAACGAGGAGGACCCCACCAGCACAAUCCAGGACAAUAUUCUGGAUAUGAAGGCCACAGUUGAGGGUUUGGGGUGUAGGCUUUCCUGGCAGAGAAUGUAUGAGCUUUGGACUGUGAGCCAUAGAGGCACUUUGGAGCUGAAACAUACAUCAUACGCCUCUUGUAAAAGACAGAGACUUAGCUUUACUUUCCAACCUCUGUGUUCAACUCGUGAGGCAAAGAGGAGAUUCAGACUGAGCAGGAUGCUGCAGAGCAGUGAACCCUACAGCCUGCGGGGGGACAGACGGGCUGUCAGCGUUGACUACCUGCCGUUCCUCCGUUCAAUCUGGCGCUUCUUUAAUGCACGGAAACAGAAAGGAGAGCUAGCGAGGUGUUUGAUGGACCUAAACGACACACACUUCAGCCUGUCAAAAUCAGCCAUGGAACUCCUAGAAGAAGAUUUCCCUUGA